AACACAAGCUUGCAUGUGGAAUAUGAGUCAUAACCUCUCUUCUGCUACUGACUCACUUGGGACUUUGAGGGUCGCGUGUUAGUCUUGUUGGAGGGGGUGCAGGCUCUUUAUUACUCAGUGACAGAGCUGGCAGAUGUCCCAAGUGAGAGAACCUCUUCCUCCGGGGCCUGAAGGGCCAGAGCAAGCUCCGACUGAAAACAGCUCUUUGAUCUCUCUCCCUCGAGAAAAAACUGGCCAAGAGGAUACUGUGGCAGAAGAUAAAAACAUACAACAGCCUUCCAGUAACCAAAGUAUACAACCAGAGAUACAAGACCAGCCUGUCUGGGGAAAUCGCACUGAUGGUGACCUCAUCAGAACACAACCUCAACGUUUGCCUCAGCCAAAUACUUCAGCACUGGAAAGGGGUGAGGAAGAAAGUGUUAAAAUCCAAAACGGCCAUGUGGGUCUAAGUAAUGGAAGUGGAAUUCACAACGGGGUCAAGCACACGCCUGCAGACAACAGAAAACUUUCAGCUCCUGUUUCAGAAAAAGUGCACAGAAAAAUUCAUUCUACCUUGUCUGUCAACAGCAACUGCAGCAAGAAGAGUAAGAUAAGCUCUGUGUUUUCUCAAAAGCCAGGUACUUCACCUGAAGAUUGCUGUGUUCACUGUAUCCUGGCUUGCUUGUUCUGUGAAUUUCUCACCCUCUGUAACAUUGUUCUGGGACAAGCAUCCUGUGGCAUCUGCACAUCGGAGGCCUGCUGCUGUUGCUGUGGGGAUGAGAUGGGGGAUGACUGUAACUGCCCGUGUGACAUGGACUGUGGCAUAAUGGACGCAUGUUGUGAAUCUUCAGAUUGCUUGGAAAUCUGCAUGGAAUGCUGUGGGAUCUGCUUCCCAUCAUGAAAUAUUUAUCCCUUUUUAUUCUCUAUAUAACUGGAGAGCUUUUCUUUAAAUAUAUUUGAAGAAAGACAAGGUAAGAUUUUCACACAUUGCACUGUCAAUUCCCUAUAUGUAUUUUUUUUAAAGCAAUCCUCAAAUAUGUAUUCUAACACAAAUUGUAUAGUUUUGUAUACGGAACUCAAGCUAUGUUCCACCUUCGUUUUGACUUUGCAAGCGGAAGACUUAUUGACACCACAUUAUAGGCCUGGUCCCUCAGGCUGUAGGAGGGCAAAUCUGCCAUUUGAAUUGAGUAACAGGUUUUGGUCAGAGAAGAGACUACAGUGCAAAGCCUUAAGGAUUUGCCUUUACUACAUUAAUGUUUAAAUGCUUAAAUGCCUCUGUGCAUAACAUGCCUUUACAGGCAUUCUGAAAAGUCAAAUGUCUUUAUUUCAGUCUCUUUGGGUUGAAAGCAACUUAGCUCUGUUAUUUUAAAAUUCAUUCAAAAGUCAGCAUCAGGAAUCUACUGUUGGUUUUGCUGCAUUGGUCACCAUGGCAAUACAGCUUGUUUUGAAUAUCUUACUGGUUUGAGAGAGAUUCCUUGUAUUUUCCAUUGUCAAUAUUGAUACUAUGAGAAGAUUUGGCAAACUAAAGCAAAUUUAAGUUUUGUCAUGAAUUAGAGUACCAAGAUUUUGUUAUCAAUCAAGAUAGAAUAGAGAACUUCUAUUUUACUUCCGUACUAAUAUUACUUGAAAUGCUUCUUUGUAGAAAGAGACUUUAGAAAUAUGUGUGGACAUGAAAUAUAUCCUUAAAACUGACAGAUUAACUAAUAGACUAACAAAUCUUCAAAAUUUGGCUAUAAAAGGAAAAUUAUUAGAAGCUAACUCAGGAAUCUAAACCUAUACAUUAAGGGGCCCUGUCAAGUGUUUGUGGCUUUAGACCUAGUGUCAUAUAACAUAGUAUUUAUUUCUUCACUAUGUGAGAAAGAUCUUCAGAGGAUGGCAGAAUUUAAACAGGCUACAAAGGCCAACUUAAAAUGGAUCAAGGAAUUCUGUCAUUGAAUAUAUAAUGUAAAUGCAAAAAUAUUUAUUCUCACAUACAUUUUAAGUGUUAUUUUUAGACAAUUGUUAAAAAAAAGGAAUUUUUAAAAAGUAUAUGACAUCCUUUAAAAAUAAAAGGACUGGGAUUUAAAAUGUUUGGAAAAUACAGUUAGGAUCCAGUGGGCAACUUUUUCCUUUAUUAUACAAUUAAUAUUUUUAUAAAAAUAUUUCUCUUUGUCAUUGCAGUUGAGAAAUGAAAUCGGUCCAGCACAUAGAUGGCAUUCCUAGAUUUAGGAAAUAAUGGUACCCAUUUUCUCCACCAUCUGCUAGUUCCUCACUUCCAUUCCUGUAGCUCAUUGACUUUUUUGUGUAAAAUGCCUACAUCUCGUGAUCUCACAUACUUAAACUUUCCUACCUACACUCCAGACUUUCCUUUUGUAGAUUAUUGGACCUCAUAAAUUUGGGUCUUGUUGCAAGAGUCAUUGAUAGACAAUAGCAAAUUUCUGCUGAGUGAAUUUACCGUACAUGUCUCUUUCCACUGUAGUGAAUUCAAUUUAUGCAAAUGUGACAAGCUAAAGAUCACAGGAAUGUGAAGCUAAGUCAACAAAUGGUCUGAUAUUAACCAAAGCUUCUCCCUGUGAACACUGACUAGUAGUGCCUACUACUGCAAGUUAUCAGUGAAGGUAACAUAGCCAAAUCCUCAACUAUACUAGGAAGCUGAGAAGUAUUACAUUUUAUCUUAACAUAUGCAAUAUUGUGGUGUAUUAUGAUAUAAUGCAGAUUUUACUCACAGGGUUUCUCACCUGUUUUUUUGAUAGUUACAACAAGAAUUGAUCUUACCGUGGGUUUUUUUCCCCACGUAUUGGACCAAAUUCAGAUCUGUGUUGCAUAAAGUACAUUUCCAUUACUGUCAGAAUUUUUUUAUUGGUUUAGCUCCAUCUAAAGAGCAAAAAGAUAUUAUGGUAAUAGGCAGGCUAAUAAGGAAUUGUAUAGUUAAACUGAUAAAUUCCCAGAGCUCAGAAUCAGGCCCAUGGGGCUCAAUUAUGACUCCUAAAAGUCUAAACUACAUUGGGAAGGGGGAAAAGGUGCCUUGGUUGAGUGGCAGUGCCUGGAGGCAUUUUGCCUUUGUAAGGCAUAAUGCCUCUGGGGAAAUUGGGGGCAUCACAGCGAGCACUGGGACUCGAUGCACCUUGGAAAAAGUCUAGGUGGUGCUUCACCCAUCCUAGGUCUAUGGUUGACAACUCUGAUGGUGGGACAUGCUCCCUGGGGCUAGGCAGCACCGUGAAACGUCCUUCGUCAUGUCCUGGUCACAGCGGAGGUGAAUUAUGGUUGUUUCUUUUCUGAUAGUGCUUUCUGGAACAAGGAAGAGAACUUCCAGUCUGCUGUCCUGCCCCAAUGUCCAUGCCCACUUCCAGUUUUGUGCUUAGAAAACUGCACCUUUGCCUUUAGUAAAUAAUCAAUGUUAGUAAAAAUUACUUUUACCACAGUAUGAUAUUGUUUUAAAGAAAGGAAAAAUUCCAACCUAGGGAGUCCUUUUUCUGUAUAAAAGUUUAGCUAUACAGUUUGCUCUGCACAAACCCUUGUUUCUACUUACAGGAAUUCAGAGGGGUUUUUGAUUUAUUGAAAUGAGGAAAACCUGGGACAUGUACUUGCUGUUAAGCAUUCACUUCCAGUAUUUUUAAAUUACAAAUAAUAAUCAUAAGAACUUUGUUCAUGCAUAGAUGCAUAUGUGUACAGAUUCUCUCUCUCUCAUACACACAUGCACAUAUGCAGAUAUAUUAUUUCUUUUCCUACUUCAUUUGUGAAAUGCACGGAAGUGAAAAUAGUGUUUAUUAACCCUCCUGGUGAUUAGAAGUGUCAAAGUAUUACAGACAUUUGAAAAAAAAAGUUGUGUGAAUUGUUUGACAUUUAAAUGUAAUCUGCUACUGUGUGUCAUAGAGAUAUUAGCACUUUUGUAAAAUGUAUCUUUGAAGCAAGAAAUAUUAGUAUGUAGUUUAAGGAAUUCUUUUCUAUAUUUAUAUUCUUCUGUUUUGUAAUUUUCACUAUAUAGGCAAUCUUGUAAGCACCCCGUGUAAUUAAAACAAGCAGAAUUAGGGGUCAAAUGUGAAAAUACAGUUUAAAUGAAAUAAAAACAUCAGAACUUAACUGUCUAUUUUAUAAUAAGUCUUGUGAACUUGUACAGUGUCUCAGUAUAUAGUUCUGCAAACUGGUCCAUUUGAAAAAAAUAGUAACUUGCUAUUUGUAUGUUCUAUCAACUGGAUGUGCUAUUCUCAAACACUAUUUUGAAAUAAAGAUCUUUAUU